CUUACUUUAAAAUGUUUUUGUUCAAUAAUUAAUUUCUUUGUAAAUUGCGGACAAUAUUUAUUGGUGUAUAAUUGCAAUUAUGAUUUUGUCUUAAUUUAGCAUAAAGAAUAAAUAGCCUACAGAAUAAAUAAAUAACAAAUGUGAGCAAUAGUCGUUUAUUUUAAGAUUUCAAAUUAAAAUGGUAUACUGUGAUGUUUGGUCGUCCUCUAAUAAGUUUGUUUGAAUUUUAAAUACGGUUCAUGAGGCUGUUUUUAUCAGCCCUAUAUGCCUAAGUAUGUCGCCAUACCUGUAUUCGUUGUACAUUCAAUGCUCCCGUAGGUGAGCUGAGGGAUUUAGCCACUCACCCUUUCUCUGUCGGUAGGAAAAUCGAAAUACCCAGAAACCUGGGCAUAGGUCUAAUGACAAAAGAAACUGAGCUGUGUGGACUGGGUUUGUUAAAGUGGAAACGAUAUUAUUUUGAUGUACAAAUGGGGUCAUUUUAAUUGGCUGAACAUUACAACCUCUCAUGUUUGUCUUCUUAGAAAGAAUGGAGAUUUGACCGUCAUCUAUUUUUUUUCCUUAUUAGAUUUUGUUUUAUGUAAACGUCAGUUUACUUUGAUUAUGUGAAUAGAAGCAAUCUUCCAUCAUAUAAAUACUGUUACGUGUCAGCAGCAAUAUUUCUCAUACAGAAGGACAAUUUUGCUAUAUCAAUCACACAACCAGCAGUGCAUAUGGGUGUACGGAUUUGAUCUCAGUGCUGUUGCUGUGUCUUUAACGGCACUGCUCAGCUCUCUUCCUAUUGGAUGUUACUGAGAGACGCUCUGCUCCAAUAGUACACAGAACUGUACAAAGAGAUCUACCUCCUCCCCCCUACAGCCUCAGCAUCGUAAAUGUUAACAAUGCAACGAGCUGGAGGACGGUGUGAUGCGCUCGUAUUUCGAAGCUGGGAAUAAAAUCAGAAAAUUAAGCGUCAGACAUGAAAAACAUUGGGUGUUCUAUUUUUACAGCUAUAGCUAACACUCACUGGAACUGGAUAUUCACUUUGCUUUACUUGAUGGGAAAUAACAUGUCGUAACGGACCGGGGAUGACAAAGAGAAUGAGAUACCGAGACUGGAGAUGGCUGGCUCUUUGGUGGCAUCAUUUCUUUCUCCUGUGGAGUACAAUAGACGGACAGACUCGUUACAGUAUCCCAGAAGAACUAAAACAGGGUUCUGUGGUAGGAAACCUUGCCAAAGAUCUGGGUUUGGCGUUAUCUGAAAUUUUUGACCGCAGGCUGCGUGUCGCCUCUCAGACUGGAGAGCAGUAUUUCAGUGUGGAUGCGGGGAAGGGCGAGCUCGUGGUGAAUGACAGAAUUGACAGAGAGGCUUUAUGUGGACAAAGCGCCAGCUGUGUGUUGCCUUUACAGAUAGUUCUUGAAAAGCCUUUAAAUUUACAUCGAAUUGAGGUGGAAAUAAAAGAUAUGAAUGAUAAUUCUCCAAGCUUCCAGACAAAGGAGCUGUCUUUGAAAAUUGCGGAGUCGGCAGCAGUGGGAACUCGAUUUGUUUUGGAAAGUGCAGAGGAUGCAGACGUUGGAAGUAAUUCAGUAAAAUCCUACACGUUGACUAAAAACGAGUGUUUUACAUUGAAAAUGAAGGAAGUUGAAGAUGGCAAAGCAGUGCCCGAGUUAGUAUUAGAGAAACCUCUUGAUCGAGAGAAGAAGGCCGUUCAUCAGCUACUACUGACUGCAUUAGAUGGGGGUAACCCAGUAUUGUCUGGUACCUCACAAAUAACAAUCACCGUACUUGAUAAUAAUGACAAUUUUCCAGUGUUUGAGAAAAAUAACUAUAAAGUUUCUUUACAGGAAAAUACUGCAAAAAAUACAUUUGUAGUUAAAAUUGCGGCGACUGAUGCUGACGAGGGGCCAAACGGAGAAGUUGAAUUCUCUUUUGGUUCGCGGACGCCAGAUUCCGUGUUAUCAGUAUUUGAAAUCAACCCAUUAACUGGAGAAAUACAUCUGAAAGGAGAUCUAGACUAUGAAAAAGCCUCGUCCUACAAAAUUGAAAUUACGGCAAGAGAUAAGGGUUUUCCUGAAAUGGAAAGUCACUGUCGUCUACAGAUAGAUAUUGUGGAUGUAAAUGACAACACUCCAGAAAUUGUUCUCACCUCUGAACCGCAGCCAGUUCGCGAAGAUGCAGCUAGUGGCACAGUUGUGGCUUUGCUCAAUGCACGUGAUGCUGAUUCGGGUAAUAAUAGUAAAGUAACACUGAGAGUACCUAAAGGCUCUCCUUUCACUCUGAAACCAUCAUUUUCUAAUAAUUACGCACUGGUUACCAGCGGUCCUUUGGACCGAGAGAGUUUCCCAGAGUAUAAUAUUGAAAUCACAGCCACUGAUUCAGGCACUCCUCCUCUGUCCAGUAAGAAAGUCAUACCUGUCACUAUCACUGACGUUAAUGACAAUGCUCCUGUAUUCACUCAGAAAACCUAUAAUGUGUAUUUAAAAGAGAAUGGAGUACCAGGCUCUAUCCUGUACUCAGUAUCAGCAUCUGACCUGGAUUUUGGUGAAAACGCAAAGGUCUCUUACUCUAUACUGGACUCUAAAGUGCAGGACGUUUCUGUCUCAUCGUAUGUUUACAUUAACUCAGAUAACGGCAGCAUCUACAGCAUGCACUCGUUUGACUAUGAGAAACUGAAGGUGUUUCAGAUUCAGGUUCAGGCAAAGGAUCAGGGCUCUCCGUCUCUCAGCAGCAACGCCACUGUCCAUGUUUUUAUCCUGGACCAGAACGACAAUGCCCCCGCUGUUAUUUACCCCUCCUCCGCUGCAAUGGGCUCCCUCUCUCAUCAGAGGAUGCCCCGCUCCGCGAAAGCGGGUCACCUGGUUACCAAGGUGACGGCCGUGGACGCUGACUCCGGCCAUAACGCCUGGAUCUCCUACAGAGUGGCGGAGGCCACAGACGCCUCUCUCUUCACUGUCAAUCUGUACACAGGGGAGGUGAGGACUAAACGCGCUGUGUCCGAGCAGGACGACUCCUCUCAGAGGCUCCUUAUAGAGAUCAAGGACGACGGGGAACCGAUCCAGUCCUCCACAGUCACGGUGUCCAUCAUUCUGGAGGACGGCCUCCAUGAGCCCAUCUUAGACCUCCGACAUAAAGUGGCCGAGCCCAGCAAGAAAACUGGAAGAAUCACCCUUUAUUUGAUUCUCUCUCUGGCCUCGGUGUCCGUGCUGUCUCUGCUCACUUUCCUCAUCUUAGCGGUUAAAUGCAUCAGGAACAGCAGCAGCAGCAGCACGUGCUGCAUGAGACGGACCGACUCUGAUGAUUACAAGAACCCCAACAGAAAUUUGCAGAUUCAGCUCAACACUGAUGGACCUAUAAAGUACGUGGAGGUCCUGGGAGGAGACAUGCUGUCUCAGAGUCAGUCCUUCAGGUCCUGUAUGUCUCCAAUGUCAGAGUACAGCGAUUUCACUCUGAUUAAACCCAGCAGCACCACAGACUUUAAGGAGGUGAUCAGUGUCCUGGAUGCUUCUUUACCCGACAGCACCUGGACCUUUGAGAGCCAGCAGGUGAGGAGAAAGCAGUCGUUCUUUUUACCCCUUGUGUGCUUUACUGGCUAG